UUCUCUCCUCACUUGUAAACUUGUAGAUUCACAGAAAAGAAAAGGAAAAAAAAAAAAAAAAAACAGUUUUAAAUAAAGAAAAUUCUUUUUUCCCUGGGUUUAGUUGAGAUUUUUUUCUCCCCCCCCAAAAAUCAAUAGAAACCCUAGGGAAGGAAAUAUAUAUAUGUGUAUUUCUUACAAAGCCCCAUCAACCCCUGUCCUCACUACAAAGAUACACCCUGGAUAACAACAGACCAAUCUGAACCCUGUUGCCUAGCAACCCUGCCCAGUCAAGAUGGAGCUCUAGGCAACCCUCUGUGGGACUGAAGGAAUAUGGUGGGUUAGAGGGAAUGAGACCCUAAGAGGUGUGCACCCCAUCCCAGGAGAGGCUGGCAGUGCCCAGGAGGUGGGGUGAGAUUGCUGCUCCUAGCACCUGAAGGACUCUUGUCCGAGAGGCAUGAAUUCCUGGCAUUCUCAUGACUGGACAAGAAGGGAGCUGGGGGCAGGGUAGAAGGGCAAGUCCCACCUAAGGCAGCAGCCACAUCAGGAAAGGGGCAGAUGCAGCCAAGAGCCUGGGAAGGACACAGGAUGGCCGCAGGGACAGGAGCUGGAGCCUGGUUGCUGGUCCUCGCUCUGUGGGGUACAGUAAGUGGUCAGAACAUCACAGCCCGGAUUGGAGAGCCACUGGUGCUGAACUGUAAGGGGGCCCCCAGGAAGCCACCUCAGCAGCUGGAAUGGAAAGUGAACACAGGCCGGACCGAAGCUUGGAAGGUCCUGUCUCCUCAGGGAACCCCCUGGGACAGCGUGGCUCGAAUCCUCCCCAAUGGCUCCCUCCUCCUUCCAGCUAUCGGAAUCCACGAUGAGGGGACUUUCCGAUGUCGGGCAAUAAACAGGCAUGGGAAGGAGGCAAAGUCCAACUACAGGGUCCGAGUCUACCAGACUCCUGGAAAGCCAGAAAUUGUAGAUCCUAUCACUGAACUCACAGCUGGUAUCCCCAAUAAGGUGGGGACCUGUGUGUCUGAGGGAGGAUACCCUGCAGGGACCCUUAGCUGGCACUUGGAUGGGAAACCUUUGAUUCCUGACGGCAAAGAAACAACUGUCAAGGAAGAAACCAGGAGACACCGUGAGACGGGGCUCUUCACACUCCAAUCAGAGCUGACAGUGACCCCGGCUGGAGGAGCUGCCCUUCUGACCUUCUCCUGCAGCUUCCGCCCGGGCCUUCCCCGGCGCCGAGCCUUGAACACAGCCCCCAUCCAGCUCAGUGUGAGGGAGCUCGGGCCUCCGAAGGAUAUCCGGCUGCUGGUUGAACCUGAAGAUGGAAUGGCAGCGCCUGGUGCGACUGUGACCCUGACCUGUGAAACUCCGGCCCAGCCCCCUCCUCAGAUUCACUGGAUAAAGGAUGGCACACCCCUGCCCCUUCCCUCCAGCCCUGUACUCCUCCUCCCUGAGGUUGGACCUGAGGAUGAGGGGACCUACAGCUGCGUGGCCACCCAUCCCAGCCAUGGGCCCCAGGAAAGCCUCACUGUCAGCAUCAGCCUCUCAGAAACAGGCCAGGAGGGGCCAGCUGCAGGCUCUGUGGGCGGGGCAGGGCUGGGAACUCUAACCCUGGCCCUGGGGAUCCUGGGAGGCCUGGGAAUAGUCACCCUGCUCAUUGGGGCCAUCAUGUGGCGAAAACGGCAACACAGAGGAGAGGAGAGGAAGACCCCAGAGAACCAGGAGGAUGAGGAAGAACGUGCUGAGCUGAAUCAGUCAGAGGAACCUGAGGCAGCAGACAAUGGUGCAGGAGGGCCUUGAGAGAACGGAGCAGACCCCAUCUGCCAGCUCCCUUGCCUUUGUCCCUUGAACUAUGCUGGCCCCAGACUAGCUCCCUGUACAAUCCCUGUUCGACCUCAACA